AUGGCUGUGCAUCGUAAUGAAGCGGCUAGAAAAAGCCAGGUCUCGGGUCUCAUUGAUACAUGGCUUAGAAAAAGAGCAGUUUCAAGAAGAUCCAUACCUCGAGAAUCCUAUAAUAAAAGUUCUCGUGAUGGCGGCAAUGGCAAAGGAUCGAUAAAUUCACUAAUAGAAAAGUCGAAGGUUGCAAGCAAAGCUAGAUGUAUUACCAGGAAAAAAACCCACACAGCUCCAAUGGCUACCAAUUUGUUAAUGGGUUUUGAUGCAUCAAGUCAGAACUCUUCCGCCGCGGUCAAGUCCAGCCUUUGUCUAUCCUCAACCAAAAUACGAAUUAUGAGAGAGACUAGUUCAGAUAAAUGUUGGUUGCGUGUCAAGAUAAAGCAAAAUUGUAAUUUAAAUGAUAAACUAACGCUAUUGAAAACGGAUCAUACAAAAUUUAGUACAAUUAUCUUGCAAGGUCUUUGCUCCUCCAACGCCAGUUACGUUCAAUGUAACCAUGACUUCCUUUUUCAAUUAUAUGGAAACGUAUUUUGGUGUUUAAACUGGAAAUUGAGUUAA